GUAGAAUUGUAAUUUAGUUUUAUGGACUUUUUCAAACUGUGAAUAUGUUUGUUAUUAGAUUGAGCGUUCUACUAUUACUACAAUGUUCCUUGAACGUCUUCGCAAUAGAGCAACAAUUUCCUCCUGAUUUCCUUUUUGGAGCUUCCACAGCUGCUGUUCAAGUGGAAGGUGCAGCACAUGUUGAUGGCAAAGGAGAAAGUAUGUGGGAUUUCAAAGUCAGAAUGAACCCAACUACCAGUGCUGAUAACUCUACGCCAGAAGAGACUGCCAACUCGUACUACUUGUGGGAACGAGAUAUUCAAGUGGCUAAGGAAUUGGGGUUGGACGUGUAUAGAUUCUCUAUAUCCUGGACUCGUAUCCUGCCAACUGGUCUGAUAUAUAAAAUAAAUGAGAAAGGUGUACAGUACUACAAUAAGUUGAUUGACGGUCUGUUAGCUGCUGGGAUACAACCGUUUGUUACGAUGUUUCACCUUGAUUUCCCCCACGAAUUGGAAAAACUUGGUGGAUGGGCGAACUCUGCUGUCAUCGACUGGUUUUUUGACUACGCUAAACUACUCUUUCAACUAUAUGGUGAUCGCGUAAAGUAUUGGAUUACAAUCAACGAACCUUACGUCAUCUGUGAUGAAUACGGCACCUCCUUAUCAUACCCGUUCCGUUGCUCUAAGAACAUAAUGUUGGCUCACGCGAAGGCGUACAGAUAUUAUCAUCAGCAGUAUAAGUCUAUGCAAGGUAAAUUAUCAAUGGCAAAUGUUAUAAUCUGGACAAUUCCGGUUAAUAGCACAACUGAUCGUGAAAUGGAAGUGAUAGAACUAACACGACAAUAUUAUAAUGGCCGUUUCUUCCAUCCAAUUUACUCGAAGGAAGGGGGCUGGCAAUCACAGAUAGAACAAAUAAUUCACGAAUACAGUAUCAGCCAGGGCUCCAACACCUCGUGGUUGCCAAGUUUCACAAAAUCGGAAAAAGACUUAAUUCGAGGUACUGCUGAUUUUCUUGGCAUCAACUAUUACUCAUCAAAAAGUCUAAGAAUACCAAAAACAACACAAUCAAAAUACAUAAGCAAAAUUGAACGGGUAUUUAAAUCUGUGGGUAUAGAGUUUGAUACCAUAAUGGAUAUACCGAAUGUCUACAAAACCCCAUGCAUUGUUCAUAAUAUAUAUCCACCAGGACUUCGUGAUACCAUUUCAUGGCUGAGAAGCUCGUACGGAGACUGGAAUAUAAUAAUCACUGAGAACGGGUAUCCAGAUUGUAACAGAACUCUUCACGAUCCACUGAAAAUAAAAGUUAUGAGGCAUUAUUUACAAGAGGUACUAAAUUCCAUAUACGAAGACAAAGCAAAUAUAACUGGAUAUAUCUAUUUUUCUUUAAUUGAUGCUUACGAAUUCAAUUUUGGGUAUACUUCUCGGUUCGGACUGUACGACGUGGACUUCGGAAGUCCAAACAAAACAAGAACAGCUCGAGACUCAGCUAAGUACUACACGUGCCUCACACAGAACAGAACAUUAACAGCUUGUGACUUUCUAGGCAGUGGUGUAUUCAGUAACUGUUUAAGUUUAACUGUGAUAGUAUUUUGUGUUUCGAUCGUACAUUAUGUAUAUUAUAAUUUUUAGAUUAGAAAUAAAGGUAUAAAGAGCACUGAA